GGAGUAGCUCCUCCAAUGAGCGCGGGGUGGGGCGGGGCGCUGAGCGCAGCCAUGCUCCGCCGCUCGCUAUGGCUCUGGCUCUAUCUCUGCUCCUGCCCGGGACGCGCUUUACGUAUCCAUGAGUAUCUCUAUUUCCAAGUGCUGAGCCCUGGAGACAUCCGCUAUAUCUUCACUGCCACUCCAGCCAAAGACUUCGGUGGGGUGUUUAACACAAGGUAUGACCAGAUCCACCUGGUGCCAGCAGAUCCCCCCGAGGCCUGUGGAGAGCUGAACAAUGGGGUCUUCAUCCAGGACCAGAUUGCUUUGGUGGAGAGGGGGGGCUGCUCGUUCCUGUCAAAGACACGUGUGAUCCAGGAGCACGGAGGACGGGCGGUGAUCAUUGCAGAUAAUGCUUAUGAUAACGACAGCUUCUACAUCGAGAUGAUCCAGGAUAGCACCAGGCGGACGGCCGACAUCCCCGCUCUCUUCCUGCUGGGCAGGGAUGGGUACAUGAUCCGACGCUCUCUGGAACAGCACGGACUCCCAUGGGCCGUCAUCUCCAUUCCUGUCAACGUCACCAGCAUCCCAACGUAUGAAAUGAUGCAGCCUCCUUGGACCUUCUGGUAGAGGUGGGAAGGCUGCAGCACAUCGAGGACUUCUUGCUGGAUCCCAGGAACCAGGUGUGAGGGAAGGGUCCUGCCCUGCUCCAGAAAUCCCACCAGCCUCACCCCAAGGUUUAACAAUGGUUCAAGUCUUUAUGCUGCCCGCUGGCGUGUAGCUGAACAGCAGAACAACCCAACGUGGUCACCUUGAGCCCAGCACUGAGCAAACUUCGUUGUGACUCUCUGGGAGGGCAGCACAGGCUGGUGCUUCCCUGAGAAACAUUUGAAUGAUGCUGAGAUACUGACAGUAAUUUGCAUUGCUGAUAUAGAGGGCUGCAGUCCAAAGGGGGAGGGGAGGGAGCGUUUGCUCUGUACUAGCAGGGCUCAUCCAACAUCUGUAUAUUUUUGUCUGAGCUAAUGAAGUGUGAAUGAGUUUUAGAGCGAGUUGCUCUUUUUUUGAGUAGCCUUGUCCCUAACAAUGAUUUUCCCAAUA